AUGGCGAACAAUAUAAAACUUGAUGAGCUAAAGACGCUUAUCCACCAUAAAAGCAUGAGAAAAGAUUUUGUAAAAGAUGUAAAAAAUAACUAUGAAAUAAAAAGUAUAAAUUUUGGUAUUAUGGGAAAAGAAGAUAUAAUAAGAUAUUCAGAAGUGAAAAUAUUAAAUAGAGAAAUGUAUAAAAAUAAUAGUAAUGGUGUUCCAUAUCCUUAUGGUGUAUUAGAUUUAAGAUUAGGAGCCCAUAAAAGUAAUUCUAUAUGUGAAACAUGUAAAAAAAAAUUAAUUAAUUGUUCAGGACAUUUUGGUUAUAUAGAAUUAAAUUAUCCUGUUUUUCAUAUAGGAUAUUAUAAAUAUAUUAUUCAUAUUUUAUAUUGUAUAUGUAAAACUUGUUCUCAUAUAUUAUUACCAUUAGAAAAAAUCGAAUUUUUUUCUAAUUUAAAAAAAAAAAAAAAUAUAGAUGAUUCACUUUUUAAAAGACAAUUUUUUAAGAGAAUAUUAAGCAUAUGUAAAAAAGUAAAUAAAUGUUAUAAUUGUGGAAGUCCACAAGGUGUGAUAAAAAAAAUAAUAAAACCAAGUUUGGAUCAAUUUAUGAAAUUAAAACAUAUAGUUAAGGUAAAAGAAAAUGGUAAACAAGUUAUAAAAGAAGAAGAUUUGAAUAGUUUAUAUGUGUUAAAAUUAUUUAAAAAUAUAAACCCAUUUUAUAUAAAAUUAUUAAAUAUUGAAAAUCCAGAGAAACUUAUUAUUACUACAUUAAUAGUACCACCAAAUACAAUAAGACCAUCGGUAAUUAUAGAUGAACAUGGAACAGCGGAAGAUGAUUUAACAUGUAUAUUAUCAGAAAUUGCACAAUUAAAUAAUACUAUAAAUAGCCAAUCUUCUAAUGGAUAUCAAACAAAUCAAUUUCUUGGAAAUAUAGAAUUUUUGCAAUUACAAGUUACCAGAUUUAUAAAUAGUGAUUCACCAGCAGUUUCUCAAUUAUUAGCAACACAAAAUAUUUCUAAACCAGGUAGAGGAAUAUGUCAAAGAUUAAAAGGAAAAGAAGGUAGAUUUAGAUGUAACUUAUCAGGAAAAAGAGUUGAUUUUUCAAGUAGAACCGUAAUUUCACCAGAUCCAAAUAUAUCAAUAGAUGAAGUUGUUAUACCCAAAAUAAUAGCAAUGAGAUUAACAUAUCCUGAAACAGUUAAUAAAUAUAAUAUAGAAAAAUUAAAAAUGUUAAUAAGAAAUGGUUCAAAUGUUUGGCCAGGUGCUAAUUAUGUAAUUAAAAAAAAUGUUAAUAUGAAUUAUGAUGAAAAUGGAAAAAUUGGAAAUUCUAUUAUUGAUAUAGUUAAACGUUAUGUUAAUAAAAGUAGAGAAUUAAAUACAAGCUUUUCUAAAAAUAUAAAUAAUGAACAGAAUCAAAAUAGUAGUAAUAAUAAUUUGGGAGCAAACAGAAUUAGUUUAAAAUAUGCAAAUAAAAAAUAUGUAAUUGAUCAACUUAAAAUUGGAGAUAUAGUAGAAAGACAUAUUUGUGAUGGAGAUAUUGUAUUAUUUAAUAGACAACCCUCUUUACAUCGUAUGUCUAUUAUGUGUCAUAAAGCUAGAGUUAUGGAUUAUAAAACAUUUCGUUUUAAUGAAUGUGUUUGUAGCCCUUAUAAUGCAGAUUUUGAUGGAGAUGAAAUGAAUUUACAUGUACCUCAAACUGAAGAAUCUAGAGCAGAAGCUUUAUAUUUAAUGAAUGUAAAACAUAAUUUAAUUACUCCAAAAAAUGGAGAAGUUAUAAUUGCAUUAACACAAGAUUUUUUAUCUGCUUCAUAUGUUAUUACAAAUAAGGAUACAUUUCUUGAUAGAGAUUUAUUUUGUUUAUUAUGUUCAUAUUUUUCUGAUGCUAAAAUUGAUAUAGAAUUACCUGUACCAGCAAUAUUAAAACCAAAAGAAUUAUGGACAGGAAAACAACUAAUAAGUGUUUUAAUAAAACCGAAUAAAAAUGAAAAUACAAUAAUAAAUUUUGAAAUGAAAGAAAGAGAAUAUUCAACAAAAAAUGGAGAUUUAAAAUAUUUAUCACGAGAUGAUUCAUAUGUUUGUUUUUAUAAAUCAGAAUUAAUUUGUGGAUCAUUAGGAAAAAAAGUUCUUGGUGCAUCUAAGUAUGGACUUUUUUAUUAUUUAAUACAUAAUAAUUCAACUCAAAUAGCGUUACAAAUAAUGAAUAGAUUCUCAAAAUUAAGUAGUCGAUAUUUUUCAAAUAAAGGUAUGACAAUUGGAAUUGAUGAUGUAACACCAUCUCGUGUAUUAACUGACAAAAAAAGAGAUUUACUUUUAAAUGGAUAUGAAAAAGUAAACAAAGAAAUAAUACUUUAUAAUGAAAAAAAAAUGCAAAUACAACCAGGAUGUACAUUAGAAGAGACCUUAGAAAUUAAGGUAAAAAGCAUUUUAGAUGAUUUGCGUAAUGAUGCAGGUAAAACAUGUAAUCAAUAUUUACCAUAUUUAAAUAAACCAUUAAUUAUGUUUAAUUCUGGAGCAAAAGGUGCAUUAAUAAAUAUAGCACAAAUGAUUGCAUGUGUUGGGCAACAAAAUGUAUCGGGGCAAAGAAUACAAAAUGGAUUUAUUAAUAGAACAUUACCACAUUUUAAUUUUCAUUGUAAAGGAUCAGAAAGUAGAGGCUUUGUUCAAAAUUCUUUUUAUACAGGAUUAAAUCCAACUGAAUUUUUUUUUCAUACUAUGUCAGGAAGAGAAGGGUUAGUAGAUACUGCUGUUAAAACUGCUGAAACUGGUUAUAUGCAAAGAAGGCUUAUGAAAGCAUUAGAAGAUUUAUCUAUACAUUAUGAUUAUUCUGUUAGAUCUUGUGAUAAACAAAUUAUACAAUUUAUUUAUGGGGAUGAUGCAUUAAACCCGUCAUAUAUUGAUAGUAACCAUACAUAUAUGGAUCAAUUUGAUAAAAUUUAUAAUCACAUAAUUUCAAUAUCUCCUAGCCAUACAUUAUUUUUGUAUAAACCCAGAAAAAGGAAACAAUUUAAUUUAUUAGAAAGCUCCAAAGGGGUAGAGAAGGGCAAUUAUGUUAUUAACGAUUCAGGCGAGAAAAAAAAAAAAAUAAAAAAAAAAAAUAAUAAUAAUAAUAAUAGUGAUAGUGGUAGUGAUAGUGGUGGUGAUGGUGGUAAUUCGCUGGAGCCGUUUGGUUCUAUUCCGUUUUCAGAAAAUGUUCAAACAAAUUCGUCUUUUUUAUCCAAAAUAAUUAACAAGAUUUCAGAAAAGAUGAAAGAAGUUAAUAAAGAUAAUAUACUUAUACCUUUGGAACAUGAUGUAGAAUUUGUUGGAAAAAUAAUUGGUGGAAAUGGUUGUGAAAUAAAUGAGGAAGGAGAACAGACAGAUGACCAAAGACAAGACGAAAACAACAUAAUAUUAUCUCAAAAAAAUCAAGCAAUAUUACCACCAAAUAAAGUCAACGAAAUAGCAUACCAUCUUAAUCAGUAUAGAAAUAUUGUCGAAUGUGUAAAUAUAUUAAAAAAAAAUUCUUACAUUAAAAAUGACAUAAAUAGUAAUAGUAGUAGUAGCAUAAUAUGUUUGAAUGAAAUGGAACUAAAAUAUUUAAAUAAUAAAUAUAACAAAAUGAGUAAAAAUAUUAGAAAAAAAAUCGAAAUUGUGAAUAAUAUUUAUAAAAAAGAAAAAAAUAAAAUAAAUAGAAUAAAAGAAAAACUAAAAGAUGAUUAUUUUUACCCAUCAAUGGAUGAAUCAAUUUUUAUUAAACAAUUAAUGAGGAUUGUGACAAAAGAAAAUAACGAAAUGGAUGAUAUAACAACAGUAGGAAAUAAAGAUAUAUUAUCUAAAAUACAUUUAUAUAAAGAAGGAAAUAAUAAAAAUAAUAUUUCACUUAAUCAAUAUAUACAAAAUAAUUUUAAUUUGAAUAAAAAUAUAAAAAAUGAAUAUAUAGAUAUAUUUGAUAAAAUAAAUGAAUGUGAAUUAUUAUAUGAAAAUAAAUGUUACAAACAAAUGAUUAAAAAUGUUAUAGCGUUUGUUAGUGUUUUUGAAAUAGUGUGUGAUGUUAAACAACAUUAUAUAUUAUUUCCUUAUGAGAUAUUAAGAUGGACUAAUUUUUUAUUAAAUCAUGUUACUGAAACAAUUCCUUUAAAUAUAUAUUCACAUACAAAUAUAUCCAAAAAAGAAAAUCCAACACAUCAAAAAAAUACAAAAACAAUGAAAAUAUAUAUUGAAGAAUUAAAAAAAUGGUUAUUAUUAAAGGCUAUAAAUAUAUACAAAUUUUUUAAAUAUAAAAAAGGUGUUGAAUUAAUUAAAAAAAAUGAUUAUUAUAAUUUUGUAAAAAUAAAUGAUAAAUCUAAUUUGUAUGAUCCAUCAUAUAGAUCUAUGAUAUAUGAUUAUUCUUUUAUAAAUUUAAAACAGUUAUAUAUAUUCAUUUAUUUUAACAUUUCAAAAUAUUUCAAGUAUAUAUCAUCUCCUGGAGAUGCAGUUGGAUCGAUUUCUGCACAAUCUAUUGGUGAGCCAGGUACACAAAUGACAUUAAAAACUUUCCAUUUUGCUGGAGUGGCUAGUAUGAAUGUUACUCUUGGUGUUCCUCGUAUAAAAGAAAUAAUAAAUGCAUCAAGUAUUAUUCAAACACCAAUAUUAAAUAUUCCUUUACGAAUAAAAGAUAAUUAUAAUUUUGCUUUAAUGAUGAAAUCAAAACUUGAAAAAACGUCAAUAAGAGAUAUAUGUGAAUACAUAAAAGAAAAUUAUUGUUCUAAAGGAAUAUAUAUAUCUAUAAAAUUUAAUGAGGAUCUUAUACAAAAAUUAUUUUUAAAUAUUAAUGCAUAUACUAUUAGAGAUAUUAUAUUAAAACAAACACAUAUUAGCAAAAUCAAAAUUAACAAAAUAUAUAUAGAUGUUAUAAAUGAUUAUAAAUUACAUAUUUCUAUAAAAAACGAUGAAUUUAUAUUUUUUCAAAUUGAGUCAUUAAAAAAGGGCUUAUUAGAUUUAUUAGUAUAUGGUGAUAAAGAUAUCAAACGAUGUAUAAUUAAAAAGGAAGAAAUUGAGGUAACAGAUGAUGAGUUAGAAAAUGGUGAUCCCCAUUUGGAUACCCAUUUGGAAGAUCACAUUUCUAAUCUUGAUGUUGUUCAUAAUGAAAAUGUUAACAAUAAUAUAGUUGAAAAAAAACAAUGUAUAAAAGUGGAGAAUGUAAUGGAUGUAUCGAACACCCAAUUGAAAGAUAAUGAUAAUUACGAAAAAUUAUUAGAAAAGGAAAAAGUAAAAACUGAGGAAAUAACUGUAAAACAUCACAGUGAAAAUAAUACCAUUUUUUGUGGUGGCAAAUCAAAAAAUGAUGAACAAACGAUAGACCUCAGUACAGCCAAUCUUGAUAACUUAAACUUUGAUGAAAUAAAUGUUGAAAAUAUAAUUAAUGAUAAAAUUGAAAUGUAUGAUGAAGAAUAUUAUGACACAUCGAAUGAUUUAAAAGAAAAAAAUAAUUAUUAUCAAAAAAAACAAAAAAAAAAAAAAAAAAAAACACAAUAUUCAAUAUUAGUCGAAGGAAAUGCCCUAAAUUAUAUUCUUGGUUUAGAGGGUGUCGAUUUCAAGCAUAUUAUAUCAAAUCAUGUGAUUAACGUUUUUCAGGUAUUGGGAAUAGAAGCAGCAAGAGUAACUAUAAUAAAUGAAAUUAAAAAAUGUAUUGAAGCAUAUAGUAUUGAUAUAGAUAUAAGACAUAUCAUGUUAUUAGCUGAUAUAAUGGCCUUUACAGGAGAGAUUUUAGGUAUUAACAGAUUUGGUAUACAAAAGGCCCGUCAAAGCACAUUAAUGUUGGCAUCCUUUGAAGAAACAAACGAACAUUUAUUUGUUUCAUCGUUUUUUAAAAAUAACGACGAAAUUAACAAUAUUAGUGAAAGUAUAAUAGUAGGAAAAAAUAUUCCAAUCGGAACUGGUUCAUUUGAGCUCCUUUAUGAUUAUAAACAGCCCAAUGAACAGAGAAAUUUAACUUUACUUGAAAGAGCAGAAAGAGAAUUGAAAAAUAAUUAA